CAACAGGAAUUCCUUAUAAUUCCCAAGGACAGGCCAUAGUUGAAAGAACUAAUAGAACACUCAAAACUCAGUUAGUUAAACAAAAAAAGGGGGGAGACAGUAAGGAGUGUACCUCUCCUCAGAUGCAGCUUAAUCUAGCACUCUAUACUUUAAAUUUUUUAAACAUUUAUAGAGAUCAGACUACUACUUCUGCAGAACAACAUCUUACGGGUAAAAAGAACAGUCCACAUGAAGGAAAACUGAUUUGGUGGAAAGACAACAAAAAUAGGACAUGGGAGAUAGGGAAGGUGAUAACCUGGGGAAGAGGUUUUGCUUGUGUUUCACCAGGAGAAAAUCAGCUUCCUGUUUGGAUACCCACUAGACAUUUGAAGUUCUACAAUGAACCCAUCGGAGAUGCAAAGGAAAGUGCCUCCACGGAGACGGAAACACCGCAAUCAGGCACCAUUGACUCGCAGGAUGAAUCAAGUGGUGAUAUUAGAAAAACAGAUGAAGUCACCACGCACCAAGAAGGCGGAGCUGCCAACCUGGGCACAGUUAAAGAAGCUGACACUGUUAGCUAGAAAAAGCCUAGCUAGCACAAAGGUGACACAAACCUCAGAAAAAAUGCUGUUUGCAGCUUUAAUGGUUGUAUCAACGGUGUGUGCCGGACCAGUCGAAGAAUCCUGCGCCAAAAUCGAGAGAACGAACAAGCCUUCAUCGCCAUGGCACAUUUAUAUAGAGGAAAAGGGAGGGAGAAUGUUGCGGGAAGUCAGGGACCUUGAACUGAGGGACUGGCUGAAGCCACAGCAGAAAAGCAUAAAAUAUGAAGAUUUCAUGGACAUUUUAUUAGUUUUCCAAACUUUAUACUUUUGUAAUAUCUUAUGUCUUUACUUUAAUCUCUUAAUCCCAUCAUCUUCUUUGUAAGCUGAGGAGGAUAUAUGUCACCUCAGGACCCUGUGAUGAUUGCCUUAACAACACAAAUUGUUUGUAAAGGACGUGUGUUUGAACAAUACGAAAACUGGGCAUCUUGAAAAAAAAAAAGAACGAGAUAACAGUGGUGUUCAGGAAACAAGGGAGGUAACCUUAAACUGGCCGCCGGUGAGCCGGACGGAACAGAGCCAUAUCUUUUCUCCUUUUGCACACAAAUAGGAGAGAUAUCGCUGAAUUCUUUUUUUCAGCAAGGAAUAUCCCUGAGAAAGAGAAUGCGCUCUGAGGGUAGGCCUAUAAACGACCCCCUUGGAGGCGUGCCGCCUUUUACGGUUGAAGCCGAAGGGAUGAAAUAAGCCCCGGCCUCCUGUAGUGCUCCCAGGCUUAUUAGGAUGAGGAAAUUCCCACCUAAUAAAUUUUGGCCAGUCAGGUUGUCUGCUCUCAAACCCUAUUUCCUGAUAAAAUGUUAUCAAUGACUAUGCGUGCCCAAAAAUUUCAUUGGCAAUUUUAAUUUCAAUUUUAACACCGACCUGUGAACUCAUCCUGCCUCCACUUGCUUUGUGAUAUUCUAUUACCUUGUGAAGUAUGUAAUCUCUGUAUCGUGAUGACAAUGGUAGUCUUGUUGAAAAGAAAAGGGGGAAAUGUGGGGAAAAGAAAGAGAGAUCAGCCUGUUACUGUGUCUAUAUAGAAGGAAGUAGACAUAAGAGACUCCAUUUA